AUGCUGACCACGCUGUCGUCCCUCUGGACAGGCGCCGCUGUCGAGGGCCACCUCCACGACGAUCCCAGCUGCCACGUACAGCACGAUCCAGUCGCCGUCUACCUCUCCACUUUCCUCUGUGUGGGCCUCAUCGUGUCGUACCUGCCACAGAUCCUUCGCAUCGUCCUCAACAAGUCCUCACAAGGUUUCUCGCCAUGGUUCCUCCUCCUCGGCGCAACUUCCAGCGCAUCCAGCUUCCUCAACGUCGUCGCGCUCCAGUGGGGCAUCAUCCGUUGCUGCCCGUCCGUGCCCGGUCUCGAGUGCACCGAGUCGCUCCUCGGCAUCUUCCAGGUCGGUCUCCAGUGGCUCAUGUUCGCCACCGUCUUCGUCCUCUUCCUCAUCUACUACCCUGCCGACCAGCGCUACGAGCGUGCCAUCGCACUGCCCCAGCGCGACCAGAACGACCACCGCGUACGUGCCCGCGCCCGCAAAGCUGCCCGCACUGCCGCCAACGGCCGUGGCAGCCAAGCCCGUGCCACCGAUAGCACGCGUCUGUUGGCAGCUCCCGCAAAGUCGUCGCGCUCCCUCGUGGGCGCUUCUACCGACGACACCUCGUCCGUCGGCUCGGGCAACUCGGAUCUCGACUCGGUCGACAGUCACAUCGCCCAGAACUACGGCGCAACUUCCGCCCAGGUCAACCCCGACGACACCUCCUCCGACGAAGCUCAGGACGAUGAAGACCUGGACACAGAGUCGCAGCUGCUGCUUCCCGACCACGACGCCGAUGCGCACCAUCGAGACGUGAGCAGCAGCGCCUUUUCGCGUCUUGUACCUACGUUCUGGCCCAUGUGGAAGGCACCCAACGGCAGCAGCAGCACCAACGACGCCGCUCGACCAUCGACGCGCUCGUCCCAGUCCGGCACCCGCGCCUCCAACCUUCCCCGCGACAUGCAGAGGAUCGCGCGCGAGAGGCGAGCCAAAGUCGGCCAGCGAAAGCUUCGCACGCGCAAGCGACGCACCGAAGAAUGGAGCCUCGCGCUCGCACUCGCCUGGGUGGUGCUGCUCCACUUUAUCUUCAUCAGUGCCAUCACCCUGCUCCUCGUCAGCUCGCUCCCGGCAAAGUCGUUCCCGCCUCCCGAGGAAUCGUCCGUGCUCGGAAGCUGGAGCACCGCCGUCACUGGUCUCGCCACCACCGCGCUUAGCCGGCCAUCUUCGCGCCUGCUCGUCUCGCGCUGGGCCGCCUUCCUCGGCGGCUCGGCCACGCUCUUGGCCGCGGGUCAGUACGUGCCCCAGAUCAUGCACACGGCGCGGUCCAAGCUGGUGGGCAGCCUGAGCAUCCCAAUGAUGUGCCUCCAGGUGCCUGGCAGUGCCAUCUUUGUCUACUCGCUCGCGCUCCAGCCCGGCACCGACUGGUCGUCUCUCGCUGCCUACGUGCUCACGGGCGUGCUGCAGCUCGUACUGCUCGUGCUCUGCAUCGCAUGGCGCUUCCGCCAACGACGCGCGGGCAUCGACGACUACGGUCGGCCCCUCGCCCCCGUCUCGCUCUGA